GAUUCGUCUCCAGUUGUUUUGCUGACUCCUCUCCCGGUACACGCUGCUGUUAAAAGGACUCUCUCAGAAGGAGACAAGAUGCGUCCGCCUGUCCUCCUCCUCGCGCUGCUCGGCCUCAGUGCUGGAUAUCCCUCCGCGGAGCAGGCUGGCGGAGGGAAACACUGGGUGGUGAUCGUGGCGGGUUCCAACGGUUGGUACAACUACCGGCACCAGGCUGACGCCUGCCAUGCGUACCAGAUCAUUCACAAGAACGGGAUCCCAGACGAGCAGAUCGUUGUCAUGAUGUACGACGACUUGGCACAAAAUGAGGAAAACCCCACCCCUGGUGUGAUCAUCAACAGGCCCAAUGGUUCUGAUGUGUACCACGGAGUGCCAAAAGACUACACCAAGGAUGAUGUGACCCCUCAGAACUUCUUGGCGGUUCUGAAAGGAGAUUCUUCAGCUGUCAAAGGGAAAAAGGUUAUAAAAAGUGGUCCCAAUGACCAUGUGUUUGUUUACUUCACUGACCACGGGGCUCCAGGACUGCUGGCCUUCCCUAACGAUGAACUCCAUGUUGAAGAUCUCCAGGACACGAUCACCUUCAUGCACAAGAAUAAGAUGUACAAGAAGAUGGUGUUCUACAUUGAAGCCUGUGAGUCUGGGUCCAUGAUGACCCAGCUGCCUGCAGAUGUUGAUGUGUACGCCACCACUGCGUCCAACGCUCAGGAGUCCUCCUACGCCUGCUACUACGAUGAGAAGAGGGACACCUACCUGGGGGACUGGUACAGCGUGAACUGGAUGGAGGACUCGGACCAGGAGGACCUGACCAAAGAAACUCUGCAGAAACAGUUCAAGAUUGUGAAGACGGAGACGAACACGAGCCACGUCCAGCAGUACGGCAACAAAACUUUAGGACACAUGAAGGUGAUACAGUUUCAGGGUGACCCCAAAGCGUACAGCACACAUGCUCCUCAGGUGAGACCUCCACCAAUCACAGAGCUGGACCUGACCCCGAGCCCCGACGUUCCUCUGGCCAUCAUGAAGAGGAAGCUGAUGUCUUCCAAUGACAUCACAGUAGCAAAGAAACUGCUGACAGAGAUCAACACCCACCUGAAGGUCAGGACCAAGAUGGCCGACACCAUGCGCCACGUGGUGGAGAAGGUAACGGGCAGUCAGCUGAAGGCUGACGAGGUCCUCCAUGAAAGAUCUGAACUCUUCCAGCACGGGUGCUACAAGGCUGCAGUGAGGCACUUCAAACAGAGCUGCUUCAACUGGAACAACCCUGAGUACGAGUACGCCCUGAGACAUCUGUACGCUCUGGUGAACCUUUGUGAGAGGGGAUACCCAGCUCAGAGCAUCCAGCUGGCCAUGGACUCUGUGUGUCUGCUGAAGGUCUGAAGAGUCCUCCAGAACCAAGUUGGUUCUUGGUCUCUGCACUGCUGUGGACUCACCGUGACGUCAGGAGGACGCUUGUCACGUUUUAAUACUUUGAUUUUACUCUCACCUGAUGAUGAGCUGCACUGU